UGGAUCCAGGGUGCUACAGGGGUAUAGCCGGAUGGCAUUAUAUCAAUGCCUGCGCCCUGUUGUGUUGCUAAUGCCGUGUUGUGUCGCUAAUGCCGCACGGCCGUGGCUAAUAUGUCACCGAGAGCUGCAACACUAGGCUUGAACCCGCCCGCGUUGCAAUCCUGCUCUACGCCAGUGGCUGCCUUCACAACGGUGUGGACUAUACCAACCUUUGUUUUCUCUGAAAUACGUGUCGAAUAGUCACAAAGAAAGGUGUCAGUGUCACUUUUCACUCCCAAGCGGAACAGCAAAGUGAAGGGGAGGUCAACUUAUUUCAAGCAGAAAUACUUUCCCUCUUUGCUGGAUAACACAUUUGGGACGCGCGCUGCUGAGAGAGGGGUUUUCUGGUGGUUAGAGGAUCCCGCUCAAAUUGGCGCUGAAGACUGAAGUGUAUCUACGGACCAGGAGUGAAAGAUCCGGACUUUCUGCAGUGGUGCGGUGUCAGGGAUAAAUGAUCACCUCAACCAGAAGAGUGUCCCCAGACAAAUCUGAAGUUCGGAUUGCCUUCAGCCUCGACAGCACACAAGAUCGAAAUGAUGUGGCCGAACUGUCUCCAAACUUCCCAGACCUGGAACAGAGAUUACAGCCGGUGCCGCCGUGCACGGCCCUGAGAGAGAGUGUGCACGUGUACCGGGAACACUGCAAGAUGGCCCGGGAGUUCCACCAGGUCAAACACGACAUCGCCAUGCUGGAGGAACGCAAGCGCAAGCUCCUGGCAGAGCUGGUGGAGGAUGACCAGGUUGCCAUUGAGAUCGCCCGACUUGAGGAGGAGUUCGAUCUCCUCACUGAGGAGAACCGCAACUUGGCGUCGAUCCACACGGAGCGCGCUCAGCAGCUGGAGAGCCUCUGGCUCACGGAUCAAACGGGGCCGGAAGACUCGUGACCUUUGACCUGCAAGAGAGAUGAAUGACAUCACCAGACAUCCUGCUGAUUUCCAGAAAUGUUGGGCCUGAUUUCAGACAGAGAGAGAGAGAGAGAGAGAGAGAGAGAGAGAGAGAGAGAGAGAGAGAGAGAGAGAGAGAGAGAGAGAGAGAGAGAGAGAGAGAGAGAGAGAGAGAGAGAGAGAGAGAGAGUGGGAGAGAGAG